AUGGCCUCGACAGGAAACCCUCUCGCCGAUUUCAUCCUUACCCCUCAGCAGCAGAGUCUGCUCUUCGCCGCCCUCAACUCUAACAGGCAGUCCACCGACUCUCCUGUCAGUGGAGGCGCUGCCAACAUGUCUCCCACGUCCCUCACCACCUCGCCUGCCCAGAGGAACGGCCUGGGCGGCUUCCAGAACGAGAGCCCUUUUCUCGACUACGAUUACGAUUUCAGUGGCGACACCAGCUAUGACUUUAGCUUUGCCGACAACUCCCAGCCCAAGAUGAUUGGCGAUCUGCCUGGUGGCUCCAACAGCAGCCCAGAUCCCUCAGCCAAGGCUGGCUCAGACAACAACGACACCGAGAAGCGGAGUCAUCCGGAUGAGGACAAUGAGGAGGACGAGGGAAAUGCGAAGAGGCAGGAGACUGGUGACAAGGCCCCCAAGAAGCCUGGUCGCAAGCCCCUCACAACAGAGCCGACCUCGAAACGGAAGGCACAGAACAGAGCCGCUCAGCGGGCAUUCCGGGAGCGCAAGGAGAAGCACCUCAAGGAUCUCGAGGACAAGGUCGCAGAGCUGGAGAAGGCCUCCCAGUCGGCGAACCAGGAGAACUCGCAGCUGCGUGCUCAAGUCGAGAAGAUGACCACCGAGCUGAACCAGUAUAAGAAAAAGUUGUCUGUCAUGGCCACCCACCGCAAUUCCAAUCCCUCCGGCGGCGGCCGUCCUCUCUUUGGAAAUGCUGUCAUCAGCAACCUGAACGAUGUCAAUUUCCAGUUCGAGUUCCCCAAGUUUGGUCAGCUGCCUGGUCCUACACCGUCACCCAGCACCAAGGCCUCCUUGAAUGGACGCCCCUCCGCUUCGCCACGGUCUACUCGGAGCCCAAGCGAGCACGUCAGUCCCUUGGAUAAUUCUGGCAGGCAGGGUUCCAUGGUUGGCGCCAGCCAGACCAGCGGCAGCGGUCUAGACGCGCAGACGAAGGAGGAUCUGGCCAAGUUCUCGGGCAUCUUCAGCCCUCCACUAACCAACAACAAUGUGGCCUCAGCGGCCAGGGGCAGUACGGAUUCGCACACCAGCGGGGCUGCCACGAACGAAUCAUCACCGUCGAGCUCCUCUAACUCGAACGGCGGUCCGAGCUCCUCGUGUGGCACGUCUCCUGAACCUAGCACCAAUAACCAGUCGCCUACGGGCUUCAAGCUAGACAUCAUGUCGACCAUUGGUGAGGAGAGCCAUCCUUCUCUUGCCAACACAAACCAAGAUUUUGGUCACUUUGCAAACAUCGACAUGAACGACAUGAAUUUCCUUGCAAACACGAAUAAUUUCCAAUUUGACCCACAGCUCUUUGGAAACUACCGUGAGCCUCAGGAUAACGUCCUUAGCACCGGCUUUGACGACAGCUUCUUCAAUGACGCCUUUGACAUUGACUUUACGACGCCGUAUUUUGCGCCUAGCCCGAACCCACCAAAGAAGGAUCUUAUGGCCCGGAUCGAUGCUGCGAAGAAUGAUGAUCGGACCGAACUGGUGCAGACACAGGACGGUCAGUUCUUGACCUGUAAUAAGAUAUGGUACAAAUUGCAAAAUUGUCCCAGCGUCCAGAGCGGCGACUUUGAUCUGGACGGUCUUUGCUCUGACCUGCAGAAGAAGGCCAGAUGCUCAGGGUCUGGUGCCGUGGUCGAUGAAACGACGUUCAAGGAUGUCAUGAAGAAAUACUUGGGC